UUGGUAUUUCACUCGUAUUUCACAAUAAUAAAAACACAAUUUUUAGAGAGAUACAACAUUUCUACGCUUAAUUUAUUUAUAUAUAGCGUCAAAUCCAUUUCAGUGUAUACCCUGAUAUGACGAUUUAUAUAGAUUGAUAGUUACAACUGAUAAAUUUUCAUCCAAUCUCAAUCAUGGGUCCUCCAAAGAAAUUUAAGAAAUAUGAUUCCAAGUCUGGUGGUGAUAAAUCCAGUAAAAGAAAGAAAGUGGAAGAGGAGACCAUAGACCUGGUGGAGGAUGAGGGCUCCGAGAAUGCGGGUGUGCCGGGCGCCGCGCUGCAGGACGCAGAGAAGAACGACAACCAGGUGCCCGAGGAUGAGUUUGGGGCCAAGGAUUACAGGAGUCAGAUGGCGCUGAAGCCGGACAACGCGAGCCGGCCGCUGUGGGUGGCGCCCAACGGACACAUCUUCCUCGAGGCCUUCUCGCCCGUCUACAAGCACGCGCACGACUUCCUCAUAGCCAUUGCUGAGCCGGUUUGCCGGCCCCAACACAUCCACGAGUACAAGCUCACAGCGUACAGUCUCUACGCGGCCGUCUCAGUCGGAUUACAGACUAACGACAUAAUCGAGUACCUGCAGCGGCUGAGCAAGUGCGAGGUGCCGGCCGGCAUCGUGCAGUUCAUACAGCUGUGCACGCUGUCCUACGGGAAGGUCAAGCUCGUGCUCAAGCACAACAGAUACCUAGUGGAGAGCAAGCACGUAGAAGUGCUACAGAAGCUGCUAAAAGACCCGGUGGUGCAGCAGUGCCGGCUGCGGAGGGAUGGAGACGAUGAUUUAUUAGCUUCAGCUGCCCCGGGGAAGGCGGCCGUACCGAAUACUAGCACCGACAAACCGGCAGCACCUGACGGGGCGACACCGGCGGCACCAGACGGGGCGAUCCCGGACGACAUCAGCGAGAUGUACCAGCAGCUGGACCAGGAAGAUGAUGAGGAGGCCACUGACUUGACUGCCAGCGCCGCCGUCGCCUUCGAGGUCGACCCGGAUAAGAUCGAGGUGAUCCAAAAGCGCUGCAUCGAACUCGAACAUCCGCUGCUAGCAGAGUACGACUUCCGCAACGACGCGGUGAACCCCGACAUCAACAUCGACCUGAAGCCCACGGCCGUGCUGCGCCCCUACCAGGAGAAGAGCCUCAGAAAGAUGUUCGGGAAUGGACGCGCCAGAUCAGGCGUCAUAGUACUCCCAUGCGGCGCGGGCAAGUCUCUAGUGGGCGUCACAGCAGUGUGUACCGUCCGCAAGCGCGCGCUCGUGCUGUGCAACUCCGGCGUGUCGGUGGAGCAGUGGAAGCAGCAGUUCAAGUGCUGGUCCACCGCCGACGACAGCAUGAUCUGCAGAUUCACAUCAGAAGCAAAAGACAAGCCGAUGGGCGCGGGCAUCCUCAUCACGACAUACUCCAUGAUCACGCACGGACAGCGGCGCUCGUGGGAGGCCGAGCAGACCAUGAAGUGGCUGCAGCAGCAGGAGUGGGGGCUGCUGGUGCUGGACGAGGUGCACACAAUCCCCGCUAAGAUGUUCCGACGGGUAUUGACCAUCGUUCACUCACACGCUAAACUCGGUCUAACCGCAACCCUACUGCGUGAGGACGACAAAAUCGCCGACCUCAACUUCCUGAUCGGGCCUAAACUGUACGAGGCCAACUGGCUGGAGCUGCAGGCUAACGGCUACAUCGCGCGCGUGCAGUGCGCCGAGGUGUGGUGCCCCAUGACGCCCGAGUUCUAUAGGGAAUACCUCAUACAGAAAAUCAACAAGAAGAUGCUCCUAUACGUGAUGAACCCGUCAAAGUUCCGCGCGUGCCAGUUCCUAGUCCGCUACCACGAGCGUCGCGGCGACAAGACCAUCGUGUUCUCGGACAACGUGUUCGCACUGCGACACUACGCCGUCAAGAUGAACCGCCCCUACAUCUACGGACCCACGUCUCAAGGGGAGAGAAUACAGAUACUGCAGAACUUCAAGUUUAACCCUAAAGUGAACACGAUAUUUGUCAGCAAAGUCGCAGAUACGAGUUUCGAUUUGCCGGAGGCGAAUGUGCUGAUUCAGAUCUCUUCGCACGGAGGGUCGAGGCGGCAGGAGGCGCAGAGAUUGGGCCGUAUCCUGCGAGCCAAGAAGGGCGCGUUCGCUGAAGAAUACAACGCGUUCUUCUACACGCUGGUGAGCCAGGACACGCUGGAGAUGGCCUACAGCAGGAAGCGGCAGCGGUUCCUCGUCAACCAGGGGUACAGCUACAAGGUGAUAACAGAGUUAAAGGGAAUGGACACUGAACCAGACCUGUUUUAUGGAACUCGUGAAGAGCACGGCAUGUUACUGCAGCAGGUGCUAGCGGCAUCGGAGACAGAAUGCGAGGAGGAGCGCGUGAUAGGCGUCGGCGGGGAGGUGGUGCGGCGCGGGGGGGCGCUGUCGUCGCUCGCCGGCGGAGACGACGCCUUGUACUUCGAGCAUCGACGCGGGCACUCGAACAACAAGCAUCCGCUGUUCAAGAAGUUCAGAUAUUAGAUGUGUGUGUAAGACGGAUUGCGAGGGCGGAGUGCCGGAGUGGGCGAUCGUGGAGCUGCAAGGGCUGGUCCAGAUGAAGAAAGAUGGCACUGAGGGAGGCACGGUUGUCGGAGACCUGCACUAUCACGCCCGCUCCGGGCACCCCAC